AUGGGAGAAGUCGAGCCGAGGAAGCGGGUUUCUCCCGUGAAGAACUUUGUGGCUGGGGGAGUCGGUGGAGCGUGUCUUUUGCUCGCGGGACAUCCACUUGAUACGAUUAAGGUUCGUCUUCAGACUCAACCCAGAUCCUUGUCCAGCCAGUAUGUCCUCUACACUGGAACGUAUGACUGUUUACGCAAGACAUUACUGAAAGAGGGAGUGCUGGGUCUGUACAGAGGCAUGGGAGCUCCACUGGCAGGCAUGGCCCCAAUGAUGGCAAUCAGUUUCUUUGGCUUUGGCCUGGGGAAGCAGCUCCUGCAGCCAGACCCAAACACUCCUCUUACCUACCCUCAGAUAUACCUGGCUGGAAUGCUGGCAGGGGUCUUUACGACAGUGAUUGUGGCUCCUGGGGAGAGAAUCAAGUGCUUACUCCAGGUGCAGUCUACAACAGGGCAGAUGAAGUAUGCAGGCCCACUGGACUGUGCUGUGAAGCUGUAUAAAGCCCAGGGCCUUCGUAGUGUGUAUAAGGGAACAGUCCUCACACUCAUCAGAGAUGUGCCUUCCAACGGGGUGUACUUCCUGACCUAUGAAUAUCUGAAGAACUCUCUGACUCCAGAAGGGCAAAGUGUGAAGGAGCUCAGCACUCCCAGAAUCCUUCUGGCUGGUGGUAUGGCAGGCAUCCUGAACUGGGUGGUAGCCCUCCCCCCAGAUGUUCUCAAGUCAAACUUCCAGACAGCGGGGGAGGGGCGGUACCGUGGUGUGCUGGAUGUUCUGCGGGAGCUGGUCCAGGAAGAAGGGGUGCGAGUGCUCUACAAGGGCUUCAAUGCGGUCAUGCUACGAGCUUUCCCCGCCAAUGCGGCCUGUUUCCUGGGAUUUGAAGUGGGCCUCAAGUGCUUGAACUGGCUGGCUCCAGACUGGUGA